CUUGCUCCUGGGGCCGCUGGGCACCCCCAACAGUUCUCCGCAUGCUCGUUGCAAAGACCUCCGAGGGACCUGAGGACACCUCAACUCGUGCAUCGGGGCACGGUGGCGGAUUUCUCGUUGGGGAGGUCCAGAUAAAGAGCGAGGGCAUUCCAUACAAUGAUGUUUUGAAAGACCAUACCUGGCCCACGGUGACUGCCCACGAGCUCUUCAGGUUCUCUUCCGAACAGUCACUCAUAUCGUACAUGGUGCGCACCGAUUCCAUUUCGGUUGCAGACUACUUUUGGUAUGCUUCUAUCUUCCCCGAAGGGGAGGUCGUGCACAACUUGUUGACUGAUUCCUUCUCUUUGGUACUUCGUGUUGCGGAAGAUUCGGGGGUGCUUAUGUGGCCGUGUGAGCUCGCAUCAGACGAAUACAUUUACCUUAACAGGCCGACGUUCCUCGAAUGGACUCACGUCGACGACUUGAAGGAAUGGAACAUAGUGAACACUACGAUCGUAAGCCCCCUGAGGUUGAUGACGUCCCACGAAGGCGCGAAGCUCGAGAACCCCAUCGGCUGCGUCAUCAGACGCAGCUCGGCCGAUGACUCCAGAAUGCUCGCUUGGCAUGCCCAGCGAGCUUUCGCCCACCUGCCACAAAAAACAGUGAAGCGGCUAGUUGAGGAGUACGGCUUGAAAGCGAACGCUGAGCUCGGCAAACUCGGCCUGGAAUGCCAGGAAGAAGCCGAGAUCAUGGCGCUCAUGAUGAAGGUGACUGAGGGCAUGGAUGCAAACCAGUGCGAGUUGGCAUUCUCGAAAAGGCGGAAGAUUCUUUCUGGGGAGGACACUUCGGCGCUGCAGCCGAUCAUCGAUGACCCUGAGAUGCUCGAGCUUGUCGUGCCCACUAACGAGGCUAACAAAUGGAAGUCGUGGGUGGCUCCGGAGGAGGGAAAACGAACCCAGCUCUCGGCCUCUGCGAAAGCUACCAAAACCAUGCGAGAUAAACUUUUUCCGGCCGCCAAGAAAGCCGCGGCCAAGGCCAAGGGCAAGGCGCAAGGCCCCAAGCUGUCCGUGGCUGCACGUAAGCAUCGGAGGGAGCAAAUCGCAGCAGGGGACUUCCAGGCCGUUGAGUUCUUCAGGCCCCCCAUGCUGCGGAUCACGGUAGAGGAGAAGGGCACGUGCCUGCGCGUCUGGGAUGGACAUACUCGUUUGAGGUCGUUUUCCUGGUUCAUGCGGGGCAAACCAUUGGCAAUUUCUGAGACUCUCGCUUUUGCUUGGGAUUACGCCAAAUGCACUUAUGAAGCUGAGAACCCUUUUCCAAAAGAUGCGUUCUGAGCUCGGCAGGUUGGCCGUGUAGGAUCCCGCCAGGGCGGGGCGCAGUAGAAAUGUGACCACCUCCCUUCCUCUCCAGUCCUCUCCCCUUCCAUGCCCCAUGCAGGGGCCGCUGGGGAAGCCGAUCGAACU